AUGCCCUUCCACAGUGCGACAGAAGAAAACAUGGCUGCGCUCUUGAGAUCAGCCCGGCUACUCAAGCUUUCGCCUUCGGGCUUGCUCCACUACACGGGGACCAAAAGAAACGGGCCGCCGCUCGGUCGGCUGUACAGCGGAGCUCUCGGCGGCGCGAGGCCCGGAGUUUGCACCCGACAGACCGGCCCCACGUCGGGGAACGCGUCCAGUCGUGCGUGGCCAUGCACGGUGGGGUGUGUGCGUAACUAUGCUCUGGCCACAGAGCAGAAGGAUGAGGCCAGCGUUGUGGUGCGGUCCAAGCAGGCGGAGCAGUUCGACUGGGCUCUGGCCAAGCUGGACAGCUCUGUGAGGAGAACCGGUCGCAUCACCAAGACCCUCCUGCUCCGCAUCUUCCACGAUAUCUGCAGGGCAGGUUAUCCCAGUGGUAACCAGGCCUUAUUACUGCUGCGUAGCUGCGGCUCGCUGCUGCCAGAGGUUCCCCUGGAGGAGCGCAGUGAGCUGGCACACCGUGUGUGGGAGAAGCUGCAGGAGUUGGGUGCACAAUAUGAUGUUAGUCACUACAAUGCCCUGCUGAAGGUCUACCUGCAGAACGAGUUCAAGUUCUCCCCCACGGACUUCCUGGCCAAGAUGGAAGCCGCUAACGUCCAGCCCAACAGAGUUACCUACCAGAGACUCAUCGCAGCAUACUGCCAAAAUGGAGAUAUCGAGGGAGCCAGCACCAUAUUGGGUUUCAUGAAGAGCAAAGAUUUACCCAUCACCGAGGCGGUUUUCAACUCCCUGGUGACCGGCCAUGCUCGUGCAGGGGACAUCGAGAGUGCUAAGAACAUCCUGUCGGUGAUGCAGGGAGCAGGAAUUGAACCGGGUCCCGACACUUAUAUAUCACUGCUCAACGCCUACGCUGAGAAGGGAGACCUGGACAGUUUGAAAAAGACUUUGGAGGUAGCAGAGAGUGCAGACUCCAGUCUGAUGGACAGGGACAUCAUGCAGGUCAUCUUCACUCUGGCCAAAGCCGGACACCAGCAGCACAUCCAAGACAUGAUUGAGCGCUUGAGGCAUGAGAGGGGCUACGUUCCAGAUGCCAUGAACUUGUGCCUGAGCCUCAUCACCCAGAACCAGGAGGACACGGCUUUUCACAUCCUUAAGACUUUCCCCACACUGCAGUCGGAAAGCUUCAACACAGACGCCGCUAACCUGGGCAACUUCUUCCUCAGACACUGUGUCAACAUGGACACGUCAAUGGAGAAGAUCGGCAGCUUUUGCAAAGAACUGCAGGAGUCCAACCUGCACACUACGGCACUCAGCUUCACUCUGUCCUGCGCUCUGGAGGCCAAAAAGACUGGUAUGUCUUUGGAGCUGAUGAAGAUGAUGAAGGAGCGGGACUUCCCCAUAAGGCCGCACUACUUUUGGCCCCUCCUCACUCGGCAUAUGAAAGACAGCAACACAACUGGGGUAAUUGAGGUGGUGAAGGGCAUGCAGGAGCUUGAGUUGUCUCUCGAUGUGGAGUCUCUAUCCAACUACAUCCUGCCUGCCUUCCCCAGCAUGGAAGCAGCUCGACAGGCCCUCAAGGAAGCAGGCAUCUCUUUGGAGUCGGAGGGCUUCCUGGCUUCAGAGGUUCGCUCGAUGGCUGUUAGCAACCUGGCCGAACUCUACACCAUACUGUCUGAUCCCUCCUGCCCCUCGAUGGACCUCAGUACUUUCCGCGGCAGCCUCAUCCUGGGCUUCAGAAAGUCGUCUGAUGUGGAGAGCAUGGUGAAGAUUACUGAUCUCUUGUACAAAGAUGGGCGCUUCACCAAAGAACUUACCAAGACUACGGCUGAAGUGGUAUCUUUCUUCCUGUACAAUUUGAUCGACAGUAUGUCAGAGGGGGAGGUGCAAGAACAAGAAGACAAACUGAGAAAAUACUUCAAUCAACUACAGGCUCAGAACGUAACCAUUUCAGGAAACAUCUACAGAGGCAUCAAGAACCUUCUGGAGUCCUACCACGUCCCAGAGCUCAUCAAGGAUGUGAUUGCUUUAGUGGACCCCAAAGACCGAGUGUCCAAUGGCUCCAUGUCCUCUUUCUCCCGUGCCGCUGGAAUCGAGGGUAAGCUGCUGUUACUUGAGAAGAGACUGGCCGAACUGAAGGCAGAGGACAAACCUUUAGGCACUAUUCUCAAACAAGCCAUCCAGACGCUCUGUGUUGAAGAGAACCUGGAGCGCGCCCUUGAGCUGAAGCAGGAGCACGAGGAGGAGAUGACAGUCGGCGGCUACGCCCCCCUCAUCAACCUGUGCUGCCGCUUCGACAAUGCGGAGGAGGCGCUCAACCUGAAGAGGGAAAUGAGCCGUAAGGACUCGUCAGUUGUGCUGGAUCCCAGCAAAUACAUUGCACUGGUCAAGACCCUCUCGAAGAAUGGCAAAGUAGAGGAGGCUGUGGACAUCCUGAAGGAGAUGAAAGAGAAGGAGGUGCUGUUGAAUGACACACACGCCACCAUGCUCUUUCACAUGCUCAACGCCGUGGUGGCCAAGGGCGGCGUCCCCGCCAUCCGACGCCUGCAGGACACCAUGUUCACCCUCGGACUGGCCAAGCCCACCACCAAUCUCUGCUCGCCCCUGAUUACUGCCUACCUGGACAGUAAGGACCUGUCCGGUGCUCUAGAAGCAGCAAUGGAGUGUCAGAAGCACUACAACCACCUGCCUCGCAUCCACGACAUCAUUGUUGCUCUGGUGGAGAAAGGAGACACCGAACUGCUGCAGAAAGCCAUGGACUUUGUGAGUCAGGAGCGAGGAGAGAUGACCAUGUUGUAUGAUCUGUUCUUCGCAUUCCUGCAGACGGGCCGCUACCGCGAGGCUCGUAAGAUCAUCGAGACACCUGGGUUAAGGUCACGGCCUGGACGCCUGCACUGGUUUGCCGAGAAAUGCAUUCAUUCCAACCUGAUGGAGUCCUUGGAGCAGAUGGUGGACAUGACAGCGAAGCUUUUUGAGUGCGACAGAGAUGAGAUGUAUAGUUACGUCCUUCGGCUCUGCAAGGAGUCGAACAACUGGGAGAAGGCAGAAGCAGUAUGGACGAAGAUGCAGGAGGAGAACGUCAUUCCAAGGGAGAGGACCCUGCAUCUGCUUGCAGACAUCUUGAAGAAUAACGGCCAGGUGGUGCCCUUCGAGGUGCCUGAGACCUGGUACCAACAAGCUGACCCCACACAGCAGGUCAAGACGGCAGCAACCGUCUCCACACAGCAGGUCAAGACGGCAGCAACCUUCCGCACAGCCGACAGUGCUGCUGAAUACCAGACCCGAGUGAUGACCCUCUGUAAAAAGAACAAGGCCAACGAAGCCUUUUCGAUGGUGAAGGAGGCCGAAAGAAAGGGUGUGGCAUUAGGCCCCGCCCCUUACGAUAUACUGAUCCGUGCCCUGUUGGCCAAGGGAUUCAUUGAGGACGCCAUGGCAGUCAAGGACAUUGCUGCGUCUCACGUGCCAGGAUUCAUUCUGAGUGAUAUUGCCAACAGUCUGCUCAUCGUCACACACAGCAAGAAAGGCCAGUCUAAAGAGGCUCUGGAGAAACUGAGGUCAAUGCUGGAGGUGAACCACAUGCCCUCGCAGCUCGCCAUCACCAGACUGGUUCAGGUCCUGGGUAGCCAUGGCGACGUGGCGGGGAUCCAGGAAGUGGACUCACUGAUGAAGGGCCUCGGCACGACGCUCAACCUGUCCAGCAUGGUGUUUGUCAACAACAUGGCCCUCGCACACAUCAAGAAUGGUGACGUGGAGUCAGCGGUGGAGAUGUUGGAGGCGAUCUACACGGCACCAAACAGCACGAGCCCCAGUAUAUCCUUCAUCUUCAGGAAGGUCUUGGAAGAUGACAAUGACAAAGCUCUAGACAAGUUGAGUGCGAUGGCCGAGCGGCUAGCCAACCAUUUUGCCUGCUACAGACCAACUUCAGACCUCUUCCUCCAGCUGCUGGAUAUGGACAAAGUUGAGGACGCCAAAUUCCUGCUGGCUCGCUGUAACGCGGUGGCUGAACAGAAGGAAGUGCUGGUGUCCUACUUGGCUCAGAAGGCUCAGAGUCCCGGACAGGUGGGCAAGAUCAAGGCCCUGCUGAGCCUGAUCCCAGACUUCACUGAGAAGGAGGUUCUGUACCCGUACCUGAUGAAAUGCUAUGUUCAGGAUAAGGACUUCUCGUCAGCCAAGGCUCUGCAUGAGCAGAUAAAGGAGGAGGGGACAGUCAUAGACGAGCUGUCACUCAAACGACUUGCUGUGCUUUACCGUGAUGCAGGAGAGACUGUACCCUUCACUGAGCCCCCUGAGUCCUUUAAGUUUUAUGCCGACCAGCUGAAGGAGAGAGCAGCCAAAGUCAAGACGCCAGCGGACGCUUAAACAUUCAUCCUCGUCUCCUCUGACCUUUACAAAUCCAAACCUUUUUCGUCCCUAUCUCACUUUGUUCUUUUUUAUAAGUGUUUGAGAUCAAAUAUUGAGUAUUGUGUUACAACUGUUAGAUAUUAUACUCUGGGCUCUUGAUAAUAUUAUUAUUAUUAUUGAUGUGGAGAAUGUACAGAAGUAUUUAUGCUAAUAAAUGUCACAUUCUGAGCUGA